CUCUAGGAUUUCUUCCUCGACGCCAUGUGAAUGAGUUGCGAGAAUUUCCUUUUUCCGUUCAAGCAUCAUAUCAGAUGUAAAAUUCUCAAUAAGGCUGCCAAAGAAGAAUUUCUGAUUUCUGGUAUUUUCCCUGGAAGUUUUUAUGCUGGACAAGUUAUGUGAUACAGUAAUAGCUACUAGUCUGUUUGGAUUUAAGAUGCUGAAUUUUGUCAAAAGAUGAAUAAAUGGGUAAAAAGGACCAUGUGUAGAUUGUCAAAAGCCUCACCAACCAUAGACGAGUAUGAUGAGGUUCUGAGAGCCGCAGAGGAGAGGAGAGAUAUAGUCGCCAAGUAUGACAAGGGACGAGAGGAGGGGGCCCAGAUUGACCCCUGGGAGGAUCCAGCAUUUGAGGUGUACCAUGUUCUUGACCGAUGGGGCUUUAUCCAUGACCACCGUCUUCCUGAGGGAAGGGAUGCAGCAGAAAGCAAGGCUAUAGAGAUAGAAAGAGAACGAUCAAAGAAAUGGCUGAAAAUGAUCAACAAGUGGGAGCAGUACUACCCCGGGGAGAAGAUUGUUAGAAGAAUUUACAAGGGAAUUCCAGCAGGAUUGAGAGGUCUUGUGUGGGCUCGCAUUCUCAAUAUCAAUAAAACCAGAGAGGAACAGAAUGGAGUCUACAAGGCAAUGAGAGACCGAGCUAGGAAAAAGUCCCCCCACAUACGACAAAUUGACAUUGAUGUCAACAGAACAUACAGAAAUCACAUCAUGUUCAGGGAAAGAUACGGUGUCAAACAACAGGCCUUAUUCCACGUCCUGGCUGCCUACUCUACCUACAAUACAGAGGUGGGCUACUGUCAGGGAAUGAGUGAGAUAGCCGCUCUUUUAUUGAUGUACCUCAAUGAAGAGGAUGCCUUCUGGGGCCUUUCACAGCUGUUCUGUAGUAAACAACACGGCAUGCAUGGUAAGAAUCCCAGCCGUCUGAUGCAUGGGUUUUUUAUACCAGGGUUCCCCAAACUUUUUCGAUAUCAGGAACACCAUGAUGUAAUUCUGAAGAAAUUCUUACCUAAAGUCAGGAAGUAUUUUGAAAGAAAUGACAUUUACCCAUCAUUAUAUUCCAUAAAAUGGUUUUUGCAGUGUUUUCUGGGAAGGAUCCCAUUUACCCUGACACUGAGACUGUGGGAUAUCUAUAUACUGGAGGGGGAGAAGGUUCUCUCAGCUAUGGCAUACAACAUCAUCAAAUUACACAGGAGAAAGAUGAUGAGGAUGGGUCCAGAUGAAAUCCUGCAAUUCUUUCAGACAGAACUGGAGAAAAACUUUGGCUAUGAUGAUGACACUGUGAUAGAUCAGUUACAGAUUUGUAUGGAGGAACUACGCAAAGCUAAAAUGGACCUUCCUCCCCGUCCCAAGGUGAACGAGGAGCCAACAUUGCCAUUUGGACUGGAGAUAGAACCCAGCAUAGAACAAAUUAUAAAGGGGCGUCACCCAGAAACAAUCGAUGAACACUUUAAGAGGAAUCCCCACAAAGGCAAGGCUGGUUACUUAAAGAAAAGGGGACUGAACUCUGUCGCUACCCCUGACAUGCCUCGGAGUCGUACCGACUCGAGUCGAUUAUCUGAAUACUCCAUGGAUGACACUUCUACCUAUUAUGAUACUGCUGCUAAUUCAAGAAUUUCAUUUUCGAAAACUUCGAUGCAGAGUUCCCGGACAUCCUAUGCUGAUGAUUCAGAUGUGGAGGGAUUUCGGCAGACACCCAUGAUGGAUGACUUAGAUGAGCAUUUAGUGGGAAUGGAAAAUGGGCAUCCGUCCCGCGACACAACCAUUGAGAAUAUUGCAGAGGAGCUUAAAACUCCUUCUGUUCAUUCAGACUAUGAUAACAUAGAAAACAGUGCAAGUCUCAAUGCUUCUUCAAAAGCCAGCUUUCAUGAUGCCAUGGAGACCACAAUAACAGAGGUACCUGUUCAUCAUGAAGUUUCAAUCCACAUACCAUCCAGUAAGUCAGAUGGAUACAUUAAGUCAAGAAGUCGAAUGGAAAAUGGCGAAAACCACAACUCAUCUAAUGCAAGCCAUGACAUAAAAAUGCAGGAGAACAGCUCCUACAGACAGGGAGCAAAAAGUGCCAAUGACAUUAGCAGCAGUCCUACAAGGUAUGUAUCGAAAGUGAAUGUACACACAGAUUAUAACGGGCAUCCCAAUGGGUUCACGGAGGAACAUAUGUCUCCACGCAAUAUGCACAAUUCUUCAAAGAUCAAGGUAUCAGCUACCAACUUCAACCAACGGUUAGUUAGUAAGCAUCAAAUUCAACUCAAAACUAGUCAACUGUAGGCUCAGGUUUUAUGAUUAUUGUAACAUAGGACAUUAACCUGUUAAUGUGAUGUCAGACUUUAACUUAGAAAAGUUUUCAUUGUAAUUCAUGUUUUAGCAUAAUGAAGCUGGGGCCUUGGUCAAAGUUUUUAGAAUUUUUUUUUUUUGAAAACAUAAGAACUUUUCGUAAGAUAUCAAAUAAAAAAAAAAAAACAUUUGUUUUACCGUAUCUUUUAAAUAUGUUUUGUAAAUGGGCAUCAAUAAUUUAAAUAGUUGAAAAAAAUUCUCAAAGUUUUACCCCCUAAAAUUAAAGCACAGUUGUUUGAGUAGGUGAUUUGCAAUUUCUAAUAUGUAAAGAAAUGAUCUCACAAAAGAUCACAAAAGUUUGUUGAUUUAAAAGUUGGUGAAUAAUCAUACUCUGCACGUUUUUAUAAUGGCAGGAGUCGGUGGUGUCUGUGUUACUGUACAGAAAUUUUCUACAAAACUACAUGUAUUAAUUCUUACUUGUGAGAGUUUCUGGCUUUCUCAUACUUUUAUCACGGUGAUGUAGAUACAUUUGAUAUACAAGUAGCUUAAAGCACAUGAUAGUUUUUAUAAUGGAGUAUAAUUCUUUAUCAGAAUAAAAAAGGGCUGAAUUCACAAACAGUACAGAAUUUCAUUGUGAACGUAGGUGUAUAACUUUUUUAGUAGAUAGUUGUUUUUUUAAUCUGUAAAAUGGAAAAGAUAUGUAUAAUGCUUUAAACUAAAGUAGAGGUACAUGUAUUCAUUUGUGCCAUCUCUGAGUUUUUGAUUACAAAGUGCAUGAGCGCAUGCUUAUAUAAAUUCCUUGUGAUAUUAGGUAUGAGAAAAACAUAUCAAAAGAAGAGAUUAAAAGUUACACAUGUAUUUUGACAUCCUAGGAAACAUUCAGACAAACAGCAAAAAACGCUGAAAUCCUGUUGAAAUAUAGGCUUACUGGUACUUUAUUUGUAAUUUCAAAUACUCAUAAUAUUUUGUGUAUGAUGGAUGUCAAAACUAAGCAUGCUAAGACAGAUUCAAUUUUGAAAAAGUUUGCAUUUAUGAAUUUGAUUUGAAAUGUGGUAUUUUGAGAGUGAAAAGUUGGUGCAAUAUACAGUUUUUCAUGAUUCAUUGAUUCAUGUUCCUUUUUUAAAGAAAAAUGAGUUAAAAAUUGUUCCUAAGGUUUGAAAUGUUUAUCUCCUGACUCCAUGCAUAAGAUCUGCACCAUUUGUCGUAUAUAGGAACUUCAUUCUGUAAGCUGCUCUGGGAGACCUCGUAUUUCUUGCUUUGUACAAUCAUUUAGACAAGGACACACAGUAGAACAAUGUUAUAGACAUGUACAACAAUCAGUGAAGUUAUAAAAGAAGUGGCAGGUUUCGUUUUCUCUCUUAAUCUCUCUGUCUUUUAUUCUUGGUAUGUUUGUGUCAAACUUUUGCCUGGAGAAACCCAGCACAGCAAAUUAUGGUCAAGUGGCCCUUGACAUCAUGUUUAUAAUGUCUACAUGCUGAAGUCACAAAACAACAUAUCUUGUACAUAAUGAGAGUGGUCAUUUUAUGGAUUGUACAUUGUAGUAGUGUACACAUAGCAAAUCUUAUUAAUAUACAUGUACCUGAAAAUGUCAUAAUUUUGAUUUGUUUAUGUUUUACAUAAGCACGUGUGAUUUUAAGAUAUGUAACACGUGAAUUAUUUUUUUUUUGAUAGAAGAUUAACGAUAUAUAAGAAAUGGAAAUCGUAUACAUUGUGCUCCAUCUUCAUAUCAGUACAUUACCACAAGUAAACAUUAUUACCAAAUGGUUAGAACAUUUUUUUUUUUUAAAAUGAGAAAAUGUUUAUCUGAAAGACAAUUUUUUUGUGUAAGAAAACCGUAAAGGAACCAGAGGGGUUGUAAAAAAGGCAGAUUUAAUAACUGAAUCUAUUGGUGCAAACAUUGAAUAUUAUUUUGAAAGUAUGAUUCUCCUGCAAGACAUAUUUUUUGUUUAAUAUUUGUUAAUUAUUUGAUAUGUGUGAAAAGUCAUGUACUUGGAAGAUUUCUGUAGCUGAAUCUCUUCAAUGGGAAAAUCCCUGCAUACUCUAGAUACUAGAUUCAGAGUGACAAUCCUACCUCAUAAGGAUUCUAUAAAUACAUUUUUGGUAUUUUAAACAUUUAUGGAUGAAAUUAUAGUUUGGGGUAUAAAAUAUUAUUUACCUGUUGAGAAUUUAAAAGAGAGAUAAAACCAUGAAGAAAUGUCUUUUUUAGUUCAGUGUUUCUUAAAUAUGACAUUUUUUAUAGAAAUUUGUGAUUUUUUUUUUUUUCAAUUUUGUAAUAUUUUGUUUUAUUUUUUGACCCUAAAGAUACAUGACAAUUUUGUGACAGAAGUUUUGGACAAUACACAUAUACAAGUAGUAUAUUUUACCUGGAAAUAGUGGAUUAUCAAAAGUUUAAUGUGUUCAGUUUUAGUGUUCAGAAUCUCUUAACAACAACUUAACAACAAAAACAUGCACACACUUGCAGGUGUGCUCUGACGUUAGGAGUAAUUGAAUAAAUACCUAUUUAUCAUGUUUUUACUGUAGAUGAUAUUAAAACUGUGUAAUUCAGGACAAGCAGUGCCCCCCUCCCCUCGUGUUGUACAGUAGAUUAUGUGAUACUAACUACUGAGUAGAAACGAACUCUCUUAAGGUGCUUCCCAAGUUUUAAGUUAUGCAACUUUGUUUUGUAGUCUAGAAUUGUUAUGUUUGCUUCAUUAAUAAAUAAUUAAAAUCCCUACCUUCAA